UCUUAAAGAGCCUGCAAAUGAAAGACUAUACAACAGCACAUGACUGGACCUCUACACGUUUUGUUUUCAGUAUGUACGUCUCUCUUCAAGCCACAGAUAAACCAUUAGUAUGUCUCUUUAUAACCAUGUCUUACAACUUCAGGACUGCUAAGGACUUAUUGAGUUUGUUUUGUAAACCCACCAAUGCUAAAAUACCGACUGUAAAUAUGGUCAAAUGAUGUCAUCGUCGCCACGCAUGUUUGAUGUGGUCCCCAGGUUUUAAAGGUAUGUUUUAUGGACCCACUGGUGAAUUCUAUCAGCUUGUUACAAGAGGAAAUGCAAUCUCAGAUUGGAUACAGAAAAUAGAUACAGCACACACACACACACACACGAUAUGUAAAACCCAGUAUACGCUGGCACGAAGCAUUUCGAUUUCCCGUGGGUUGGUUACGGUGUUUUUUGGAGGACAAUCCCUUUAAACGGCUGCAGGCUCCGCCCUCCUCUUGCAGAUCCAGCACUUUGAAACACACGAAGGGAGUGACGUCAGCCAGGCUUUGUGCGGUUGUUAUGGUCAAUUCUUCACCCGGACAGCUCGCAUUUAGGAAGCUAAACGCCACAGGAGAGUAUAGCAAGUUUUUUUUUUCCCGUUGACAGCCUGUCCUGUCAACAACUUCCCUGUAUGACUUGGUUGGACUCUGAACUUAAAAGUGAUACGAGCUCCUCCGAGAUGAGCCAGGCUCCCUGUACGAAGCCCCCGGACCGGCUCUCCACAGACUGCUUGUGCUCCCAGGACUCCCUGGACCGCCUGUCCGUCGACGACUUCUGGCAGGAGGUGCAGAACAUCCAGCAGAGUGGCAGCGACUCCGAGCAGGAGGGCAGUGUGGGCGACGCCAAGCAACCCGAGGAGGGAGAGCAGGAGAAAGAGUGGCUCCAGGAUGCAGGUCUGUCCACGCUGAUCAGCGAAGACUCGGAGGACGUGGACAACGUGGGUCUGCUGUCCACUCUCACCCGGACACAAGCUGCCGCCGUCCAGCGCCGCCUGGACACCUACACUUGCUCUGUCCGCAAGAAGAACAAGCAGCCCGUCCGAGACGUCAGGGACAUAUUCAGAGCCGACAAUCCCAAGAAGGCUCUAAUGGAAACCAAAGAUUCAGGGCGGGACAGUCAGACCAGAAGUCCCCUAGACAGCUGCGGGAGAGAGUUCUUCAUCACUGAUGUUGCUUACUCUGAUCAGGCUGCCAUCCUGCAGAAACAGACGAAACUGCAGAGCAGGAACUCCAGGAGGAGGAAGGAUGAUGGCACUUUACCGAAGCUGAUCUCUGCGCAGUGCAGGCUGGGGGUGACGAGGAUCGGGGACCUGUCUGCCCAGGACAUGAAGAAGGUGCGGCAGCUCGCCCUCAUCGACAUGACCGCGCUCUGCGACAUCCUGGAGGUGGAGCUCAAGAGACACAAGCUCGGCAAGAGGAAACUCCACGAGAGCUGUCUGUUCGGAGUCCCCUUGGCCACUCUAGUGGAGAAUGACCAGAAGAUCAAGCCCACCACCACUGUCCCUCUUAUCUUGCAGGCGAUGUUCUCCUUCCUGGAAAAGAAAGGCCUGGAUUCGGAGGGGAUUCUCCGUAUCCCCGGGUCCCAGUCCAGGAUCAAGAACCUGCAACAAAAGCUGGAGACCAACUUCUAUCCCGGGCUGUUUAGCUGGGAGGAGGUGAAUCCCAACGACGUGGCAGCGUUACUCAAGAAGUUCAUCCGUGAGCUACCAGCCCCCCUGCUCACCCCUGAGCACCUCCACACCUUCAACACAGUGCAGGAUAUUCAAGACUUGCAGCAGAGGCUUCAUGUCCUGAACCUGCUUGUGCUUCUUCUGCCUGAGCCAAACAGGAGCACCCUAAAGGCCCUGCUGGAGUACCUGGAAAAAGUGGUGUCUCGAGAGAACAAGAACCGCAUGAGCCUGUGGAACGUGUCCACGAUCAUGGCGCCCAACCUCUUCAUGCACAAGGGCAUACCCCCCAGCAAGCCUGCCGAGGGGGACGAGAAGGAGCAGGCAGAGCGGGCGGCAGACGUCAUGAGGCUCCUCAUCCAAUACCAGGACCUGCUCUGGACGAUCCCCAAUUUCCUGAUGGUCCAGGUGAGAAAGCUGAAUGAAAACAGCAGCCGCAGGUACCAGUUCUACGACAGGCGGAUAAAGAACCUCCUGAGGAAGAUGCAAAGCGAAAAGACAGAGAAGAACCCGCCAGAGCCAUACAGGACAGUUAAAAUCCAGACGGCUCAUUUACUAAGUGAUUCUAUGGAGGUUUGGUUGGACACUGAGUCCAGAGCAGGGGACGCGCUGGCUCAGUUUCACUUGAACCUGCGCAGCAUGGGGAACAGCGUCGUCAAGCGCAAUGGCUCCACAGCGAACCCUGACUAUGCCAUUUAUGAAGUCGGUGGUAAUAUUGGUGAGCACUGCUUGGAUCCCAACACUCACCUUUUAGACUUGUACAACAACAACCCCAGUGGCGAAUGGAUUAUUAAGCUACGGCCAGCCUCCGACAGACUGCUCUGAGGUUUCCCAGCUUUCCUGUGUAUAAAAUCCAGCCCCCUCCCAAUAAAAAUGCAAUGAAGAACCUAAACAAAUCAUCACGGGAGGCUGUCACUAGUCAUUCAGAAAUGCAUGAUAUAAUUGCACUGGAUGUUCCACUACAACAAGGAUGCACUGCACCAGCAAUAAGAAUCCAAACACAGAGACUUCACAUCUUGCAAGACGCAUGGCUGAAGCUCAUGGUUGCUGCUCUACCGACUGCUUCUUAGUCUAACUCUCUAGUGAUAUGCAGUGGAAUCCCAUACCAGACGUUUCUUGGAAUGCCUGGCACACCCUUUACCAAAAUGACUCGUCGGUGUGGAGAAGCCCUGUGCAUUGAAACUGUAGGAAAGCUCCAACCAAGCUCCCGAGGGCAUUCACAGCUCCUCAUUAGACAGCAAAGCUGCAUGCGGUAAUGAGCGCAAUUGAGGAUUGCACUGGCAGGCUCCUCAAGCGAUCAUAAGAAAACUGGCAGAACAAAGAAGCUCUUUUGAAGGGAAUAUACUUAAACUUCAACCAAUGAAGCAAGUCUUCACCACGUUCUUGUUUUAUUUUUUGUUUAUUUAAUUUUUUUUGUUGUUUUGCAAGGAAAUGACCUAUUUUAAAACAAUUAUUUAAAAAUAAGUUAUUUGUCUAGCUUUUAUUUUUGUUCUGCUAAAACUACCAGUUGUUACGAAAAGAAUGCGUAGACAGGUGGUGUUUGUAAAACAUUACAAACACCACCAACAAGUAACGAACCAAUGCUAGCAGAUUUUAACAGACUAACUUACAAAGAGGGAGAGUUAGGCAAAAUAAUACUGAAUUAUAUAUUGGGGCUUUAUAGAGUAUAUAUUUAGACCUACCCAAAAUGAGUUAUUCCAGGGGCCAGAUAAGCACAUAACAGUAUUCCAGUAUCUUGUACAAAGUCCUGUACUGUUUGAUUGUCAGUGCUGGUACACAGAGUAUAGCUGUCUAAAGCAAUUCCAGAUAGUUUUUGCUGUCUGCUGUUAGACCCUUGCAUUGUGGUUAGUGGUUCCCAGUUUUUAACGCCUCUGAAUUUUGUGUAAAGUGAGUUUUAGUUCUCCUUGUCAAUGGGCAAUUUCACUGUGAGGGAAAUAGUUUUCUUAGCACAGCAGUAUUUCCUAAUAAUAUAUUAGGAAACUAAGUUACCAAGAUUAGACUAUGAUGAAUACCAUCCACCAACUACAACAUGCAAUAGUACCAAAUAAACUGAGUGAUUCUCUCUGGCUGCAGUAAUGUAGAUUUGUGUAUAGUUUUGAUAUAUAAAUAUGGAAAAAGAAGAUGCAAUGUACAGCUCAAAGGUUUUUUUUGUUUGUUUUGUAUUUUUUUUCUACUUUUAUGUGACAAAUUGACAAACAUUUCAAUGCUGUUUUUUUUAUUUGUGUUUUUCUUUGUUUUGUAAUUGUACAUUUUAAUAAAUAUAAAUACUUACCAGUAUUAACUGACUGUAAA